AUGGUCAUCUUUGUCGGUAGAAUCAUUGGAGAGUUCUGCGACUCCGAUGUUUGCAAAUGCGCAUCCGACAACCCCGUUCUAUCGAUCAGCCGCUCCUACCACGACUACGAAAAAGCGUCUGCAGACCAUGAAAAGAAGCCGAUCGGCUCAAUUACAGCCAGACUAGUGCAAUCCUGCUCUCGUGUGUUCCGCCAUGGGCGAGAACUGCCUGGGGACGCCGAAGCAACUAAUGGCUCAUCAAUCUCAGCAUCAGAAAAACCGCGCCUUGCUGCGGAAGAAGAUCUGAAUAAG